CUCAGGGUUGCAGACCUUUUCCUAUAUAUUCCAUAAAACUGAUGCAUUAAUUAAUAUCCCAAUUAGUGGGAUGAGGUAGCUGAAAAUUAUACCAGAAUAUUUCACGUCUGGCAAUCAAUGCGCCUUUUUGGGUUCAGACUUUUCGAAAUACUUUGAUAAGGAUGUCUAUCAUGAGGUUCUCGUAAACGGUAAUAGAUACGGAAAUGGUUAAAUGGGAAAAAAGUUUCGUUAUUGAAUGACUUAUAAUAUGCAUGCAAGAUAUUUUCAAAAUUGUUAAUUUUUAAAAAAAAAAUGUUGGAUGCAUUUUGUUAUUCAUUAAAUAAACUUUUUUUCCAUUUAACCAUUGCCGUAUCUGUUACUGUUUACGAGAUCUUAUGAUAGAUAGGUCAGUGACAUGGAGCCACACUUAAGGGAUAAUUAUAAUGUACAAUAUUAUUCCAGUUUAAUAGCCAAAUAUAAUAACAUCAUAUUCAAGCUAAUAUUGUUCAUUUGCACGUAUUGGAAUCCGAUCCAAUCAGCAGCAGUAAGCAGUAACGAUGACCAAUCAAAACUCAGCUACAACUCCAUCGCGUCAACAUCCAAACCCGACUUAUUGAGCUACCAGCAAAUCACUCACUAUGGCCAAAAAUAUCUUCCGCAGCAUGUGGCCUAUCGGCAACAGUUUCAGCCGGUCAGAAGUCAACAAUUGGUUCAGACUGUGCCUUACAAUCAUCAACCAGAGCCCACCUCAAAACCGUACCACGUUGCCAAACCUCAAAACCAAGUAGCAAUGGUAAUUAUAGCUCAGCCAGCUUACAUUCCAGCUAGUAUGUUACAGCACGACAACGUCGCUCAACAGAUUCUACAGUACUUUCAUGGAGGGAGUUUUCAAUCAAGAUACCAGUACCAACCACUACAGCAUCAAUCCUACCAACAGGCACAACCAUCAUACACUCACUACAUGCAGUACCAACCCAAGCAAUUCGACUUCCAACCAAAACAACUAGAUUACCAUCAAAAACAGCUAGAUUUUCAACCAAAACAACCAGAAUAUCAGUCACAAUUCCAACCAAAACAAUCAGAUUACCAACAAAAACAACCAGAUUACCAACCGCAAUACCAACAAGAAGCUCUACCAACUCCCCAAGCUCUAGUUUCCCAAAACCAAGACACCGUCGACCAUCAACAACCUACUGAAGACAUAACAAGGCUCGCCCAACAGGCCGCCCAUCAUUUUCUACAAAACGGUGGACUCGGUGCCCAAUCCAGAACAGCGCCAGCUAUAAUUACAGGCUUGGAACUGUUCCCGGCUGAGCAGCAGGAAAAAAUCAAGGCGCAGCUGAGCGAACAUUUCGGGUCGCCGUUGAAACGUUUGAAUUUCGAUUCGGGCGAUUUGCAACAGUUGCAUCAGCCUCAGCAAAAUAGCUACAGGAAGUUUUAUCAGCAGCAGGAGCGCAAGGAAAGGUUCAGGCCUAGUGUUGAGGUUAAGGACGGGGAGAUUACGGUUGGGAGAGGGAAAAUGUAGAACUUUUGUACAAAUCAAUGAAGUUACCUUGUAUCGUUCUCAUCUUUUUGAAACCCAAACUCUGUGAUGUCUUUUGUAAAUAGUUUUUUUCUGAUGGUUUCUGUAUUUAUUUUUUUGUUAUAUUUGUUAAUGUUUUUUUAAUGGAAAAUAAAUAUUUCCAGUUAUUGUUUCUGGUUCAUUUUUCUUUGAUGAUUUGCUGUCUAAUUU